GCGGCCGCCGCCCCUUCGCUUCCCGAGCAUGGCGGGGUCGCUGCCACCGGCCGCCCCUCUGCCCAUCCACCGCCUCGAGGAGCCGCUGCUGAGGAGGCUGAGCGGCUCUCUGGACCGGGCGGCUCCGGGCAGAGGCUGGAGGGACUUGGCGCAGCUGGCCGGCAGCCACCGCGGCGUGAAGCUGAGUUCCCUGGAAUUGGAACAGUGUUCUCUCCAAGUACUGGAGCCUGAAGGAAGUCCGAGCUGGAGUCUCCUUCAACUAAUGGGAGAGAGAGGCUGCACUGUGUUGGAGCUGACAGAAUUGCUGCAGGCUUUAGAACACACUGAGGCACUUCAGUGUCUCAACCCCCCAAGUAUAAUGAUAGUUGUAGAACCAGAAUCUCAAGCUGUUCUAUCUGGCCAGACAGUGAAGCUAAGCUGCUGGGCAGCUGGUUAUCCACUUCUUCAUUAUCAGUGGUUCAAAGAAAACAAAGCGGUUCCACGUGGCAAUACUCAAGAACUGGUGCUCAACCAAGUAAGUGCAGAGGAUGCUGGUUUUUACAUAUGCCGAGUAAACAGUGACUAUACUUACCAGUUCAGCCAGUGGGCGCAGCUAGAUGUCUGCACAAUCCAAGGAGCUUGCCAUGGAAACUGCCCAGAUUUACCUGAAAAGAAAAUACAUAUUUACAUCCAUCCGCAGUGCCAAAACCUGCUAGUAGGGGAAACGUUGAUUCUGCAGUGCGGAGCUAUAGGAAUCCCUAUGCCACAAUAUCAGUGGUACAGAAAUGGAUCUUCACUGCCUAAUGGGGAUAAAAAGGUCUAUAUGGUCUCCUGCAUAGACACCGAACACCAAGGUACAUAUUGGUGCCGUGUAUACAACAACCAAGACAAUCAAGAAAGCAGGAAGAUAAAAGUUGUUAUAGGUGGAAAAUCUAUUGCAGUAGAAUGCUCUGAAGAGGACUUAAGUGGCCUUGGAGUGCCUGAUCUUAAAGAACCGUCGUCUGAAAGGCAAUUUGCGGUAGACAAAGUAGCGCUGCUGAUGGGAAACAUGAGCUAUUAUAAUCAUCCUAAGCUCAAGGCUCCGUUAGUGGAUGUUUAUGAGCUGACCAACUUGCUGAGGCAACUGGACUUCAAAGUGGUUUCUUUGCUGGAUCUUACUGAACCUGAGAUGCGGAAUGCGGUAGAUGAGUUCUUACUGCUGCUGGACAAAGGAGUAUACGGGCUAUUAUAUUAUGCUGGCCAUGGCUAUGAAAACUAUGGUAACAGUUUUAUGGUUCCUAUAGAUGCCCCAAAUCCCUAUCGAGCUGCAAACUGUCUGUGUGUACAAAAUAUUCUCAAACGGAUGCAAGAAAAGGAUACUGGCCUCAAUGUAUUUUUACUGGAUAUGUGCAGGAAAAGGAAUGAAUAUGAUAAUACCGUCCUCAUCUUGGAUGCCCUGAAGGUUACAGCUAACAUUGUUUUUGGAUACGCCACGUGCCAAGGAGCAGAAGCUUUUGAAAUUCAGCAGUCUGGCUUAGCCAAUGGGAUUUUCAUGAAGUUCUUGAAGGAGCGCUUGUUGGAGGACAAGAAAAUUACUGUGCUGCUGGAUGGUGUAGCAGAAGAUAUGGGCAAGUGUCACCUUACCAAAGGCAAGCAGGCUUUGGAGAUUCGCAGCAGCUUAUCUGAGAAGAGAGCAUUAACUGAUCCUAUUCAGCAAACAGUAACGUCGGCAGAGUCAUUAGCGCGGAAUCUGCAGUGGGCAAAAGCUCACGAACUUCCUGAAAGCAUGUGCCUUCAGUUUGCCUGUGGUGUUCAAAUUCAGCUGGGUUUCGCAGCAGAAUUCUCCAAUGUCCUGAUUGUCUACACAAGAAUAGUAAAGAAACCUUCUGAAAUCACUGUUUGCAAAGCUUAUGUUACAGAUUUCCCCCUCGACUUGGAUGUGGACCCCAAAGGGGCAAACAAGGGGACUCCUGAGGAAACCGGAAGCUAUUUGCUUUCAAAGGACUUGCCCAAACAUUGUCUCUACACUCGAAUAAGUUCUCUACAGAAGCUAAAGGAAGAUUUAACCUUCACAGUUUGCCUGCACUAUGAAUACGCAGGAGUAGAUGAUGUCGUGGAUGAAAGGAAGGUGGUUAACAUUGGCAAGCCCCUCAUUGCGAGACUGCGCAUUCAUCAAGGAUACAGAAAGAAUAGUUGUUUCCACAGCUUCUGCGGGCCUGAUGGGCCUUGUUUCGCCCACUUGUCUGGUGCAGAGGCAGAUGGAUAUAGCCCCUCUCAUCACAAUCACCAGCCACAUUGUUAUACAGGUUUCCCCCAGCAAAGCCCUGCUCACUCAGGAAGUGUUUUGCAACCGGUGAGGUGCCAGUGCAGUAUGUCACCAAACAGGUUGGUCGCAUGGUCACCAACCUGGUUGUAUCCAUCCAAUUCGAACCAAAGCAACGUACCUGUGGAGACGACGGAUGAACUGGAAUCUGAUUUCUCAGGAAGCUUGAGGCUGUCUCAUCAACAGUAGUCGAAGCUUCUGUGUGGCAGUUUAGCAGCAACAUUCCUCAGGCAGCGAUUUGCAGUGCUGCUUGUGUGUCUUGGAUUUUGAGGAAAGGGCAUUAAUAGGUCUCAUUGGGCGUCCCACUUGAGUUCUGUUGAAUUAUUUAGCCAGGAUCCCAAGUUGUUGGGAAUAUGAGUUGGCACAUAAGUACUUAGGAAAUCUUCUUGGACCACAGGAAAUUCCCAGUUAUUUUCCUGGAUAAGGAAACUGCAGGGCAUGUUGCAAUACAGUAGUAAGAAAGAGUCUGAUUGACUUCAAGCCCAGCUAUGUAUCAUGGAAGAGUAUGUAUAUUCUCUUUUAACAUGUUGAAAACAAUCGGAACUGCAACAUAAUGUUGCACCAUGAUGGUCUGCCUGUCCAGACUUCCAGCAUUUCUAAACCCCCCAAAAUAUUUUCCACCCACUGCUCCCUAACAGUCAGCAUUCCAUGAGGCACUGAGCACAUAUAGUCCUGUAUUGGGUGUGGGGCUCACUCCCUUGGGGUUUUUACCUCUAGAAUUUUUUUCUAUACAAACUUUGGGGUUCUUCAA